UUACUCCAUAAACCCAUUCGGCCAUAACAAACCCAGAAAUUUCAAAAAAAAAAAUUAUCAAUAACCAUCACCCCCAAUUCGGCCCUUCCACAACCAAAAUCCCCAAAAUCAAUGACACCCAAAAAAAUUGUUCCUCUCCCCUCUAUUCGGUCCUAGCCAAACAAAAAUUCUAGCUAUUAACAACAUCAUCAUCCCAAACCAUCACCCCAAUUUACAAAAUCCCCUCUAUUGCUGUAAAUUUUCACUCCCAAUAUUAAAGCAACACCCAGUGCCAAACACCAAAUACCCAAACCAAAUAUCCAUACCCAUAGAACAGAACCCAUGUAUAGAUCAAUGGAGAGUUAUAGAAAGAAUACUGGUGGAGGAUGGCCAACCGCCGAACAGAAAUCCACGCCGCAGAUGCGUCUGAACUUUCUCAUUUGGAAAUUCUUAGUAAAAGGUGCAAUAUGAAAAAAACAAUUGUUGACUCCUCUCAAUUGACCAGUAUAGAAUCUUUUCUCUAGUUGAACGUGUAGCCAUAUGCUCAAAGGUUUCUCAAGCCGGCACAGAUUUCCGAAAAAGAGAGAACGGAUUUGAAGUCGCUCGGCUUUCAGAGUUUGUUAGCACAAUUCAACCACGCGUUUGAAGACAUUGGUUAAACGAAACUAGAAAGAGAGAGUUUUGGAAUAUUCCAUUGGCUCCUUGAAUGUGGCCAAUUAUGGUGGACUCCAGUCAAAGUAGAAAGCUGAGACGCGCAUAAUUUGACGAGGGAGAAGACUUGUAAAGAAGUCUGAAUUGUUGAAGAAAAGCAUGCCCAUGCGUAGCACAAACGUCCCAUCUUCUUCUUACCAGUUUGAACUUCUUGCAAUUUGCACCUUAGAAGACUCCUCAAGCUUUCACACAACAAACCGAUUACUUCUGCGUUUCAGACCUUCGCUAUCUUUGCUUCCUUCCCUGAUUCAUUCCUUUCAACAAAGAAAGCCACAAACAGCCACUACUUCCUCAAAGCAUGCAGUUUUGAAUCCUUGGAAUAACAACUUUUGAGACUGCCCGAGCUUUCACACAAGAUUCCAUUCACUUUUACAUCGUUUUCCUGAUUCAUUCCUUCCUAGCUACCAAGAAAACCAUGAACACAGGAGAGUCGUCGUCGUCGUUUGUUUCUUCAGUCAAGAAAGUGGGAGAGCUCCUUCUCCCUCCCUUCAUUCAAUCACUGUGGGAUCAAUUGGUGGUUCCCGAGUUUUUGGACUUCGUACGCGGAGCAGGACUUGAAGAAAAUCUUGACAAGUGGAGGAAAACGCUGUCAAGAAUUCAGACAAUGCUUGAUGAUGCGGAGGAGAAGCAACACAGUGACAGGGCUGUGAAAGAGUGGUUGGAUGAUCUCAGAGACUUGGCUUACGAUCUCGACGACAUUGUGGAUGAACUCACCAUUGAAGCAUCGGCGGCUGAAAAUCAGGAUCCCCCAAGUAAGUUACGGAAAACCACCUCAGUCGUUUCUUGGUUUACUCGUUUUACUCCAAGUCGUUUUAAGAUCAAUAGAAGGCUGGGAUCAAAGAUAAAGGAGAUCACUGAUCAAUUCAAUGAUAUCGAGACACGGAAAAAUCAACUGAAUUUGAAAGAAACUGCUGAUGAGAGGUCAAACAGAAGGAGAUGGACACCGGCGCCAACUUCUGUAAUGAAUGAUAGUCAUAUUUAUGGCAGGGAAAAAGAUACAGAGGCUAUGCUUGAAUUGUUGCUAGGUGAAAAAUAUAGUGAGGCUGGAGUCUCUGUGAUUCCUAUACUUGGCAUGGGAGGUAUAGGAAAGACAACUCUUGCCCAGCUUUUAUUCAAUGAUGAAAAAGUGCAAAGCUUUUUUGAAUUGAAAGCAUGGGCUUGUGUUUCUGAAGACUUCGAUGCUGCUAGGGUAACAAAAGCAGUUCUAAAAUCUGUCAGUACCUCUGCAAGCUGUGAUGACAAUGAUCUGAAUUUGUUGCAAGUCCAACUCCAGGAAAAACUGAAAGGGAAGAAGUUUUUAGUCAUUCUUGACGAUCUAUGGAAUGAGAACUACCAUGAAUGGACUAUCCUAAGUGCUCCUUUCCUAGCAGGAGCUCCUGGAAGUAGGAUUGUCAUAACAACUCGCAAUCAAGGAGUUUCAUCAACGACAAGUACCAUUGAAGCCUACUGUUUGGAAGUGUUGUCAAAUGAUGCUUGUUUGUCUGUAUUUACCCAACAUGCACUAGGGGCAAGCAACUUCAGUGCCCAUCCAAAUCUUAAAGAUGUUGGUGAAAAAAUCGUUAAAAAAUGUAAAGGCUUGCCUUUGGCAGCAAAGACCCUCGGAGGCCUCUUGCGCACUACGUUGGACCGUUAUGAAUGGGAAUGUGCACUAAAUAGCAAGAUAUGGGAUAUACCAGAGGAAAGAAGUGGAAUUGUUCCAGCUCUUAUGUUGAGCUACCACCAUCUACCUUCACAUUUAAAGAGAUGCUUUGCGUAUUGUUCAAUACUUCCGAAAGACUAUGAAUUUCAAGAGCAGCAACUGGUUUUGUUAUGGGUGGCAGAAGGUCUAAUUCAGCGACAACGAGAUAAGCAAAUGGAAGAUUUGGGUAGUCAAUAUUUUCGCGAUCUGUUGUCGAGGUCAUUUUUUCAACAAUCAAGCACGAAGGAAUCAAAAUUUCUAAUGCACGACCUUAUCAAUGAUUUAGCCCAAUGGGUUGCAGGAGAUAUAUGCUUCAGAAUGGAGGAUAGAAUUGAGGGCAUCAACAAAGGAGAAUUUUCCAUAAAAGUUCGGCAUUUGUCUUAUUUGGGUGAUCGUUAUGAUGGCCCUAAAAAGUUCGAGGUUUUUUCUAAACUCAAAUGUCUACGAACAAUUUUGCCUCUUAUGCUACCUAAUAUGGGGUAUUGUUAUUUGACUCAUAAUGUUCCUCUUAAAUUGUUGUCGAAAUUACCAUGUUUAAGAGUGCUCUCUUUGAGUGGGUACCGCAUAGUUGAGCUACCGAAUUCAAUUGGUGAGUUGAGGCAUCUACGGUAUCUUGACCUCUCUCACACUCGAAUUAGAGGUCUACCUGAAUCAACAACCACUCUCUGCAACUUACAAACAUUGAUAUUGGAAAGUUGUUCUUAUAUAAAGGAAUUGCCUUCGAAUUUGGGAAAACUGGUCAACUUGCGCCACCUCAACAUUCUCAAUGCAAAUAAACUGGAAGGGAUGCCUCUUCAAAUAGGCAAAUUAACUAAUUUGCAGACAUUGUCUAAUCUAAUUGUCAGAAAAGGCAUUUGCUUCGCGUUAAAAGAGUUAGGUUAUUUGUUGCAUCUUCGAGGGACACUCAUUAUCUCAAGAUUGGAGAAUGCCAUUGAACCCAGGGAUGCACGCGAUUCAAAGUUAAUUGAAAAGCCCGAUCUCAAUGAGUUGUGCUUGGAAUGGAGCGCCCAUGUGGAUUGGUCAAAAGAUAGAGCAAGCGAAUUAGACCUACUUAACGUGCUACAUCCAAACAAGUCUUUGAAAGAGCUCACUAUCAGGCGCUAUGGUGGUAUAGAAUUUCCGACUUGGUUAAAAGGUCAUUCAUUUCCUCAUUUGGUGCUCUUAAGGAUUGAAAACUGUAAAAAGUGCACAUCAUUGCCACCAGCGGGCCAACUACCAUCACUUAAACACCUUUUCAUCGUAGGCAUGGCUAGUGUAAAGAAUGUUGGUAAUGAGUUUUAUGGGGCUAGUUGUUCACAACCUUUUGAAUCCUUAGAAACUUUGUAUUUCAAGGAUAUGGAAGAAUGGAAGAGCUGGAGCCCUGAUGGAGAAUUCAUAUGCCUGCGUAAGCUUUCUAUUAGAAAUUGUCCCAAACUGAUGGGGAAUUUUCCAAACCACCUUCCCUCACUACAAAAUGUUGUUAUAGAAAGAUGUGAGCAGUUGGUGGUUUCAAUUUCAAGCUUUCCAGAGCUUUGCAAACUAGAAUUUGAGAAUUCAACAGGGGUGGUGCGCAAAAGUAAGGUGGACUUCACCUCACUAGACUCUAAGUCUCUUUCAAGAAUUUCGGACUUUACAUGUCCAAGAGUUGGGUUUAUGAAUGUAGAAUCUCUAAGUAUUGCAAAUUGUGAGGAGCUAACGCCAUUAUGGUCAAAUGAUGUGGGAUUACUAAAACCCCUCCCCCGUCUUAGUUAUAUGAUCGUUGAUAACUGUAAAAAACUAGUUUCUUUGGUGGCAGAAGAAGUAAAAGAUCAGCCACAACAGGGUAUGUCAUCCACACGCAAUGACAUGAAAUCUUUACCCAAGGCAUUGAUUUACAACAGCAAAUGUCUUGAGCAUAUUUAUAUUAAUAAUUGUGAUUCACUGACCCACAUUGCAACAGGCCAACUACCUCCAACUCUAAAACAGCUACAAAUAUGGCAUUGCAAGAAUAUACGGAUUUUGCUGGACGAGAAUGAUACCAACAGUUGCAGUAAGAGCACACCUCUUCUUGAGUACUUGCGUAUUUGUCAAUGUCCAUCCCUUAAAUCCUUAACAUCCAGCGGAGAAUUACCUGCAACACUUGAACAGGUCAUUAUUUUGGAAUGUGGAAUGCUGGAGUCAGUGGCAAAAAGCUUCCAUCAGAACUCUUCUCUUGAAAUAAUUUACAUUUUGACUUGUAAAAACCUUAAAUCCUUACCGGACGAAGGAUUGCUCCCAUGCAACCUUAGAGAGCUGAGGAUUUUCGGUUGUGAGAAAAUGCGGGCCCUACCCAAUUGCAUACACAGCAUCACCUCUCUUCGAGAAUUGAAGAUAGAAAAAUGUCCAGGUGUGAAAUCCUUUCCGGGAAAAGGCUUUCCCACCAACCUAACAUCACUUGAAAUCAGAGAUUGCAACAUCACUGAGGCCUUGCUUGAGUGGGGGUUGCAAAAGCUUACCUCUCUUCAAUAUCUUGAAUUUCGAGGUGGAUGUCCGCAUCUGGUAUCAUUUCCAGAAAUGACGUUGUCUGCCUCUCUAACCACCCUCCACAUCAGAAACUUGCCAAAUUUGAAAUACUUAUCGUCAGAAGGCUUUCGAUACCUCUCAUCUCUUAAAACACUACAAAUUGGUUGGUGCGAAAAGUUGUUGUCCUUUCCAGAUGAUGGUCUGCCUCCCUCUCUAACCGGCCUCUACAUCAGAAACUUGCCGAAUUUGAAAUACUUAUCUUCAAAAGGCUUUCGAUACCUCUCAUCUCUUAAAACACUAGGGAUUGGAUGGUGCGAAAAGUUGAUGUCCUUUCCAGAUGAUGGUCUACCUCCCUCACUCUUGCAUCUUCACAUCGUUUGCUGUGAAAUGUUCACAUCCUUUCCGAAGAAUGGUCUGCCUCCCUUACUCCAGCAACUUCAUAUUAAAAACUGUCCUCUGCUGAAAGAACACUGCAAGAAAGAUCAAGGACGAGAGUGGUCCAAGAUAGCCCACAUCCCUUGCGUUCUAAUUGAUGGUAUGUUCAUCUAUGACCCAGAACGAGAAGAGCAGAAUCAGCCCAUAUAUCCUGUAUUCAGAACCUUCGCAGAGGAUUUUUUUUAUUCAGAGGCGUAAGACAACUCUUUGGUUGGGGCUCUUCUUUGAUUUCCAAUGCAUUCAUGGUCUCCAUUCCCAGAAUGGGGGGCUCUUUUGAUUGUCUUCUAAAUGUUGGCGUCGGAAAGACCCUCUUGCUUUUGUUCUUGUUGGUUUGGUGAAUGUGUGAGUAUUCUCGUUGGAGUUGACGGCAUCGUAAAUGUUUGUUAAAAUGCCCAAGUGACCAAGCAGCGAGAGAAGGCUUUUGACAAUUGAGUUUUUCAUUACUAAUUGCCGCGUUGCUGAUGAUUACAGAUUUGCGAGAAUCAUUUAAAAAAGGUGUUGAAUUGCAGAUUGUAAGAGGUGUGGACUUAAGAUGGUAAUAUAUCUCCUCGAGGGCGACCCAAAAUUCUUUCGAAGCUGCCGAUGGCCAGGAGGGAGACACAAGUGCACGAGAAUGUUGGACGUUUAGAUGACUUGAAUCUAGUAAAAUCAGCACCUCAAAACCAACCUGAAAAUCAGCAAAGGACUCCAUAUUUCCUGCUGACCAGCCCUCUUACAGCAGCAACAGCUACUCGUCAUACUAGCAGCCUGCAGCAUCUCUUCUCCUGGAUUCCUGCUCCAUGUCUUCCGGAUGCAUCUCUACACCUCAAACUCAGCACACAUCUUUUUCCUUUUUUGUAUCUUAUAAUGUUUUCUAUGUUUUCCUAGGAUGUAAACCUUGUAUUGAUAUCCCUUAAAACUCUUGUACGUGUUGCUCUAUAAAUAAAAUGCAGUUCACUGGUUUUUGGUCAAUGCAACCAAACCAGUUCUUCCACCAAUUCUUUCAGUAGGUGGGACUCAACCGGUUUCUCCUUGUGUUUCUAAAAGGUUUGGAACUCCUUCAUCCGUAUGGGUUUCCAAUUUCCAUGUGUCCUUGUUAGACUUGUACUAGGAGAACCUCGUCAGCCUCUAUAAAUAGAGAAGUCAUGGUGCACAACGGAAAAGAC